GUUGCCAAGGGCAACAUUCAUAACCACAAGCUUGAAGUCCGCACAACACUAAACGCUUCAACCAGGACGAAUAAAACCCAAUAAAAGGGUUCAUCAGGAAGAAAAACUCAUGAAGAAGUAAAGCUAAGAUAAAAAAGCUUUUAUAGUAUCACAGCUUCUGGGAAAACAAAGCUAGUUAAAAUGGUUCUUUCAAGAGAAUAUUCAGCUGCUACUAAGCAGCUUCUCAACGAUAAAGGACUAAAAUGUGUUUGUGAGCUGUGCGAUUGUGGGCAAUAUCAUCGUCAUGAUGGCUGUACCAAAAAUAUCCACAAGAUGCAUCAAGUAUUCAAGCGUCCAGGAAUGGGCCAUGUUGCAACAGACUAUCAGGCAACAUACAAACCACAUGACAAUACACAACAACGACAUCUAAAAAGACCUCUCCCUAAACUACGCAAUCCUAACCCUCCACCCAUGGAUUUUCGAACGGAGCAAAGAAUGGAGUUCAUCAAGAGGGAGAUUCCAGGGACGAAACCGUGCAAGAUGGUAGAAUCAUACAUCCAGCCUGAAGGAAAAGUCGAAGGUCUAACCGUCUACAAUGAAGAAUUCAUUAACAGAGGACCCGCAACUGUCCCGAAAAUAACCCGCCCGCAAACGGUCAUCACGCAAAAAGAAUCCAAGUUCCAGUCACAAACCACGCACAAUUCAACCUUCACACCCAAGAAGCGUAUACCUCAACCAACCUACGGUGAAGUACCGAGUUUUACAGGCUCGAUUCUGUUUCCGGAUCCAAAGGCAGACAUGAAAACAACCAACCAGGAGGUUUAUAAAGGCAAGUACGUGAAAGUGGCUGAUUUGUGCAGGCCUGCUGAAGACCAGGUGACGAUAGGAAUCGAAGGAGACCACUUUUAUGGGACCACACACAGAGACACCUAUAAGACACCAGAGAUGGAAGGCCGACAAGAAGCUCGUAAGAAACAAUCCCAGUUAAAGGCGAACCAACGCGCAAAGUUCCAGUCAGAUACACAGUUCAAGAGUGAUUUUCCGGGUUAUGGCGGAAAAAUGCCCGAGCCGACUAAACCAAUUCCACCGCCUCCUGAGACUGUCAAUCUAGCCAUGAAUAAUAACAGGCACUUCUUGACGACAAAUAAUGACUUUUACAAAAUCGUUUGGGACCCUAAGACCAUUGGAAAAACCAAAAUAUUGAAACCUGACGCUGGCACGUACUCUAAACCAUUGGCGAAGAUGGAAACCAAAACACAAGCGAUGCGUGAUUUUACUCAGAAAGAACCUGUCAAAAUGCCUCAAAUUCGACCGCCCACUCGCACAGAACCAAGCAAGUCCAAGUUCCAUGACGAAACGGCAUACAAGAGUCAAUUCAAGCACUACCGCUCGGUUCCUUUUCAACGGUAUGGAGAUCUACACGAAUCUGCUUUCUACCUGAAACCAGUGACGAAGUUCUACCAAGAUGGUUCUGUCACCAUGCAAGACUUCCAGGGAGCCACGGGAGGAAAACCAAGUACACCACAUUUACCAAUACAGAAGCUACACGUAAAAGGUGGUGACAUCCUUUGCCAGACAACAUAUAAUUCUGACUACGUCCGUAAAGCGAAGGAGCAGUGUUCUUAUCUUCAGUGGGUGCAAGAACGAGAAACGCAGAAGAAGGCCGCUAAGAUCACUACACAUAAAACGACGGAACCUCAGACGAUUGAGAAAGCCUUAGAGCAGAAGAAUCAAGAAAAGAGUGCAGUUAUGGUAGGAAAUAAGUAGUAAAAUUCCUGGACUAAAAGGAAAAGAUAGUUGGUGUUGACAAUUAAUCGACAUGGCGCUUUCUGGAUGUGAUCUUUAUUGGGUUACAAUUAACAGAACUUUUUUCCAGUCUGGGCCAUAACAUUCCAUGGCAAAUCAAUAGAAUAUUAAUAUUAAUAGACCUCUUUAGCUUGGGUGUCAUGCUUUCCCAUCUAAGAUAACGUGCCAUUCCCUAGAGUAUUAUUUCUUUGUUUAACAGGAUCCCGAAUCAUCCGCUAUUUUUUCCUGAAAUCCCGCGUCUCGCGACAAUUGUAAGCGACGAACAAUCCAACAUAUUCAAUGGCGUUUAAAUAUUUUAUUUUAUUUAAUGUUUUCACGUUUUUCCCGAAAAUCUGGGGGGCGAUCCCUUAUCCCGGACAUUGAAUUCGGUAACUCCCAAGUCACGGCCGAUAUCAAUAUCCCGAAUCAUGUAAGAUUUUUUUCUAGUUUCCCGGAUCCCGCGCUAUAUUUUAUCCGUUUCCCGGCUCCCGCGAAUACCCUUCCAGACCCUGAUGAAUAUGGAUACAACUCCAACAAACCAUCUCAUUCUCAAUAUGACACGUGGGCUGAAAUGGGACGACAUUACGCUCAAGCUAAAGGGCUCUUAUUAAAUCCCUUUAAAGUGCAUACAAAGGUACGGUCUUAUAAAUUGAAAAGAAAAAUCUUAAGUUUUGGGUUUUAUUUUGCACACACUUUAACUGUUCAAAAAAAAAAAAUGUACUUUUAUCUUUAUGAGAUAAUUCCAUUUCCGAGAAAAAAUGUCAUGUCUUAUCUAGUUUAUUCUUAAUCGCUGUUUUGUUUCCGUAACCCCUUGUCAAAGAUUCACUUGGUUUAAUAUAAAAGUGGUUGGCCUUCAAUUUUUUAACCAUCCAAUUUUAUUAAGUUCACUACCCACUACGCCAUCGAUCCUUGAUUUUAAAAGAUUUCACUUUAUUAAACAAUCAAUGCAAAUGGUUUUUAAAUGAAAAAAUAUUAGCACAAGUCAGACAGUCAGACGUUUUCCAUUAAAGUUUUACGUGGUUUUAAAGGUGUUCCCGAGCAAUAUACAUUUCGCAAAAAUUAAUAAACAAAUGAAGUUAGAGAAAUAUUUAAAUGAUAAGAUGAGACUCAUACUGCUUUCAAGAUCUAAUGUACUGAUAGACUAGUUGAAACUUUCUUACGUAUACAUGAAAGUGGGAGUUUACGUAGAGAACUGUUGACAGUCAGACAGACAGAAAAAGAGAGAGCUGAGACAGCAUGACUUCUGGAAAAAUUGUUAUAUUUGAAACAAAAAAUUAAAAAAAACAAAAACAAUGUAAUCGUUUGGAAGAGGUUUAUAUGAGUGCAGUAGCUAGACUUUAUUUUGUAGUAGAUUAGAAUAUUUUUUUAUAAAGAAAAAGUGUUUAAUAAACGAUUCCUUCUGAUCAA